AAAUUACUUCACUUUUGGCAUUAGAUAUAAAUUCCGAACAGAAACCGACAGAUUUCGGGUCUGUAUUGACUAAAGCCAACAUCUGUCCGACAUGGCAUUCAAAACAAAAUGGCGGCAGAAGAUGAUCAAAGUUUUCUGUGCUGUAUAAUCUUACAGUUUUAGACUGUGUUAUCUACGUUGUGACGAGUGUUACUGAAUAUGAAUUCCCAUGGGAAGCAUCUUAAGUCUGAUACAGUUCCAGCCUUACUAAUGAAUUUCCUCAAGAAAAGAAAAUACGCAGAUUCAGAAAUCGCACAGACGAAAGAGCAUGCUUCAACACAACAGAAACUAGAGGAUGUCGCUCUCCGAACUGCAGUAAACAACGAAUGUGGUAUUCCUAACAUUUUAUCACUAAGUGUCAAUCAUUUAGAUUCCUCUACCUUCGAUGAACAAUUUGGAAACCUAAAGUCUUUUAUACUAGGCGUCAACCCGGCAUAUAGGAGCGAACUUGCUAAGUUAUUGUUUCCUAUGUUUGCUGUUUGUUAUCUUGAGUUGAUUGCAAAGGGACAUUUAAUUUCAGCUCAGAACUUCUUUUCGAAGUACAGUGGUGAUUUGGCUUUAGAACACAAAGAGGACAUUCAACAUUUACAAGCAAUCACGGAUUCCGAGCGACUAAAAUCUAGUGAUAUUGCUGCGAAUUUUCGCCGAAGCAAAUACGUGUUGAGACUGAGCAGUAAAGUGUUCACGUAUUUCAUGCAAUAUUUGAGAAGUAGUGAUCGAGUCUUGUUGCUACAGCUUUUAAGCCGGAAUUUCUCUAUUGAGAUCUCAAACAGAAAACCGGGUCAGAGUACUAAUGGUGAUAUUGGUGAGGAGGAAGUAGACGACAACACGUCACAUGUGAAGUCUGCUAAGGAUGUAAAACAAACUAAGAUAUCUGCUCAAAAAGAAGAUGCCAGUCUUCUAGCAUUAAAGAACAGUAUUGCAAGAAUCAGGGGUGGUCCGGCUUGCCUCCCCUCUGUCUGUCUAUAUACUUUCAAUAAUGCUUAUCAAGGCCUUAGCUCAGUUGGUAUAUCACCUGAUUCUACCCUGAUCUGUGGAGGCUUUGAAGACUCAUUCAUACAACUAUGGAGUUUAACACCCAAGAAAAUUGUCCAACCAAUUGGCAAAAUGACAGAUGUCUCCAAGAUUAUCCUUUCUCCAGACAUUAUCCCAGAAAAUCCUAGGAUAGAGACAACAUCCCUAGGAACAGUCACUCUUCGUGGUCACUCUGGGCCUGUUUAUGCUACUUGCUUUGGUUCUGAGGGCAAAAUACUGUUAUCGGCAUCAGAAGAUACUACAGUUCGGCUGUGGAGCUUGCAUUCAUACAGCAACAUCGUACAGUACAAAGGUCACAACCACCCGGUCUGGAGCCUGGAUCUUAGUGCCCAGUCCCUUUACUUUGCAACCGGCUCCCAGGACUCCUCGGCAAGGCUGUGGAACACGGAAUAUAACUAUCCUCUGAGGGUUUUCGCCGGGCACCUUCAGGAUGUAGACUGUGUCAAGUUCCACCCAAACUGCACGUACCUCGCCACCGGCUCGAGCGACCGGACAUGCAGGCUGUGGGACCUGCAGUCCGGGAACUGCGUCCGUCUAUUCCGCGGACAUAAGGGCUCCGUCUUAGUUCUCGCCAUCUCUCCAGACGGCCAACAUCUAUUAUCGGCUGGUGAUGACAGGAGCAUACGAGUGUGGGAUCUUGCCGCUGGCAGCCUGCUCAAGGAGUUGCGCGGGCACACCGACACAAUUCACACCAUGUCCUUCAGUCGGGAUGGAACGCUUUUGGCGUCCGGAGGGAUGGACGGUGCUGUCCGAGUCUGGGACUUCGGGCAGGUCCGUAACACAACGCUGAGUAACUCAUCCUCGUCUUCCGAAUUGCUCGCAUCCUUUCCCACCAAGAACUCUUCUAUCCCCUGCGUGCAGUUUAGCUCAAGUAACGUUGUGCUCGCAGCGGGCAACAGUAGCUUAUAAUAUCUCUGCUAGAAGACAUUUUCUGGUGUUUGCUUGAUAUAUAUUUGCUUGCCUUUUUGGAGAAUAAAUUAUCAUUGUUUCUGAGA